AUGCUUCAAUCUAGCUUUCGUCGCAUCCUGAAGCUACGUUUUGCUCCACAAAGACUUACUUCAUUUUUUGGUUCCAUCUCAUACUCUCUCAAUUCGCGCCCUCCAAGCCAGACAAGCUCAUACAAUAAAACUCGAGACAGUAAUUCUAGCAAUACCGCUCGACGCGUGUUUCGAUCCCGCGUCAAUGGUCUUCUGCGCUCUAUAGACAGUCGCAUUCUUGCAAAGGGUCCUGACGAUGUGGAGACCUUUAUUCAUGACAAGAUUUCCGUGGCGAAAUUCAACAACGUAUAUCGCUCGACUAUGUUCAACCGACUCAUCCGUUUCUUGCUCGAAAGGGACCUUUACAAGCUCACUAUCUCGGUCUACAAGAGAAUGCUCCAAGAGCAGUUCUUUCCCAGUCGUGAUAUCAGCUUGAAAGUAACAGCUAUGACCGAAAUCGUGGAUGAUAUGGCAGAUGCUUUCGUUACUAUCCGCAACGUUGAUCUUUCUGCGUCCGGGAAUAUGGUUAACGUCAUGGUAACGGCGUGUAUGCGUGCGGGGCAGUUGAGUGCUGCAGAAAAUUGGCUCAAGAAGUACGAGGGCGACUGCAUGAAGCAGGGUGUCGCCCCUGAUGCGGCUCCUUACGCGGGCAUACUGGAGACAUUACAGGAAAUUCAACCAGAAAACUCUGGGGCCGUUCAGGCCACGCUGUACCGCAUGCGCUCAGAGGGUGUUACGCCUGAUAUAUCAGUUUUCAACACGCUUAUCCGCUCCAGCCUCGCUCGCCGAGAAUACUCCGAAGCUUUUGGGCUUUAUCACGCAAUCAUGACCAACCGUUCUGCUUCCCUCUUACCCAGCGACCUCACUUUCAAGAAAUUAUUCCAUGCAUCCAAAUUUUUGGGUCAAAAACGCUCGCGGAGACACAAGCGCCCGGAUAAUGCUGUCCCUCCGCGCCAGUUGUUUCGAGAUAUGGUCCAGUCCCAUCUUUUGCGCACCGGGAAUGCUCCCCUGGCACAUUCUAACAUAAUUUCAGUUUCAUGCAUACACCUCGCACUGCGAACGUUUAUGGCUCUUGAGGAUUACCCCGCUGCUCUCAUGACGCUACGCGCAUUCGAUCAUUUUGGGUUCCAGCCGAACUUACAGACAUAUUUGAUCGUCAUCACUAGUCUUGUAUUACGAAUCAAGCAGGAUCUGGGCCAUGUCUACAGGGCUGGCCAGUAUCGCUUCGCAGAUUUCGUCAUGCACAUGAGACCUCGGGAGCCUCCAGACGUUGACCCUGUGGUAGAAUUAUCUGGUCCUGCCAGCGUUGGCCCUGAAACAGUCACGCACCUUCUCACUCUCGGGGAACCAAUUGCUCCAUCCCGGUCUGAGACAGCUCAUGCAGGGCGAAAGCGAUUGUCUAUGUCUUCCAUCCCCACUGUCGACAUGCUUGUAGGAACUACACUUCUCCCACCAUUCCAAGAACUUUCGCUCGCACCACUCGUGAGCCUGUUGAGAAAAGUGACGAUUGUAGGCCUUUUUAGGAAAGCUGCGGGGGGUAAAAGGGAGGGCUGGGAUUGGAAGGCGGCGGUGCGCCCCAUUUUGUCGGGUGCGAAAGAGGAGAUGUGGCGCGACUUUGAGCCUUCUCCAGAGUCACGACCAGUAAUAAAGCGAAAGCAGAGAGGACAUAUCGGAGCUAAGAGGGGGUCGUUGCCGUCGUCGGCUUCGAGGGUCAGAAAGAUGGUUAAGAAACAGACCCUUCAGUCAAUGCAAGGACAUAGAACUCGAUCUAUGAAUGAUCAUAAUCACGUGAUUUGAGUAAAAUUCAAGAUUCAGCGCGUCU